AUGGAUGCUGGGGAUUUGAUAAUGGGACUUAUCUCCUUAUCACAGACUACACUUGGAAUCCUGGGGAAUUUCUCCUUUCUCUACCACUUUCUCUUUCUCUCCUUCUCUGAGUGCAGGUUGAGACCCACAGAUUUGAUUACUAAGCACUUGACUAUAGCCAACUACUUAUUCCUCCUCUUUAGAGGAGUUCCACAGACCAUUUUAACUUUUGGGUUUAGCCAUUUUCUCAGUGACCUUGGAUGCAAACUUGUUUUCAAUGUUCACAGAGUGGGUAGGGGUGUUUCUAUCAGCAUCACCUGCUUACUGAGUGUCUUCCAGGCCAUCACUCUCAUUCCCUGGAACUCUAGAUGGGCAAAGCUGAAAGCAAAAGCUCCCAGGUACACUGGCACCUCCAUUUUCCUGUGCUGGAGCCUCCAUAUUCUGGUAAAUGUCAUUGUUCCUUUGUAUGUGACUGGCAAAAUGAGUAACAAAAACAUCACAAAGACAAAAGAUUUUGGAUACUAUUAUGCUGCUCAUCAUGACAAAAGUGGAGAGCCAGUACGUGUAGCACUAUUGUCUUUCCUUGAUAUUUUGUGUUUGGGCAUCAUGCCCUGGUCCAGUGGAUCCAUGGUAUUCAUCCUGAACAGGCACAAGCAGAGGGUCCAACACAUUCACGGGUACAAUCUCUCCUCCAGAUCCUCCCCUGAGUUCAGAGCUACCAAAACUGUCUUUCUUCUUGUGUGUACCUUUGUUACUUUCUACACUGUGUCCCUCACCUUUCAUGUCUGUUUGGGUCUUUUUAGUAAUACCAGUCAGUUGAUGGUGGACAUCUCUGCAGUAAGCAAUGCAGGUUUCCCCACUGUGAGCCCCUUUGUUCUCAUGAGUGGAUUCUCCAAUGAGUGCAAGAUUUGCUUUGCCUGCAUGAGGAUCAGAACAUUCCAUAAUUUUCUCAGAAAUAUGUGA